AUUUAUACAUGAGUGAUGAAUGAUAAUCUUUUGAUCUUUUACAUUUUCCCCACUUUUAUUCAUAUUACUUAUUAUAGAUUUUAUUUAAUAAAUUCUAAUAAAUACAUUAAAUGCAUACAGAUUCAUAGACGUAUAUUCAAAGUCUUCAAACCCUUCGCCUACUACACAUCAAAGGAAACAGUUUGUUUAUUUUUAUUUUAUGUGUAAUGGUUGUGUGUGUGAAAUUUUACUAUCACGGAUAGAAGGAAAGGAUACAAAAUUUUUAAUUAUUAUUAGGAAGGAGUGAGUGACAUAAUUAUUGAUAAUUUAUCAUUAAAAAGGAGUUGGAAACAUAGGAUACGAAAUUUCUUUGAUAUUUUAUUAUCGAGAAGAUAUAGGAAACAUAUGAUAAGAAUUUUCUUUGAUAUUCUAUUAUUGGGAAGGUGUGAUGAAGACAAAUAUAGUAUCAUUAUUUAUUUACCUUGGGGAGGGUUUAAUAAAGCAGUAUCCGAUGCAUACCUUGCGUAGAAUUAUGUUACACUUCGGUGAAAUUUUUAGAUAUGGGUAUAGAUAUGAAUUUUUUUUUUUGAUAUUAAAUGGAAUUUCAAAGAUCAAUGAGUAUAAUUAGAACAAAUUUCAAACGAAAAUCAAUAAUCAUCUUAAAUUAACAUACUACUAUAUAACUCAUUUUUAUUUAA